AUGCUAUCUGUACAAGAGUGGGAUAUGAACCAAAAGCUAGCCAUUGCUCGCUUGGCAGGCGAAGCAUUGACUGUAGUGGAACCGAUCGUGCUGCCGAGUUGGGGUCGAGCAUGGUGGUCGCGAAUGCUUGCCUAUAUGAAUUUAUCGCAAAGCGAUUGUGUUGCUAGACCACUGGACCAUGAUACUGCUGUGGCAAUCCUCAGCGAUAAAAAGGAUAUCCGUAUUGCCAUACUGAUCGACCUAUUGGCAGUUUCCAUGAACCUCGAUAAAACCAGCGAUGAUCCUAUAAAAUCGUCGUCCGAUAAUCUCACCAUAACAUAUGAUGCGCGGGCGCGUCGGUUUCUCUUUGAAAUGACUCGUCAACUCGGACUGCAACCUUAUGAUAUGACCGCGGUUGAAAGAAGUAUCAGCCAGCAGAUGUAUUUUGCAAUUCAGCAGAACAGUCUCGACGGUCAAUCCUCACAUGAAGGGCGCACAGCAAAAAUGGAUGCUUCAGCUCGGCAUACGAUUCAAACUACAAACAGCAAAAAGAAAGCCAUGCGAUGGCUUGCUACCGGUGCAGGCGUUCUCGGUGGAGGAGCUAUCAUAGCGUUGACCGGGGGACUGGCAGCGCCUCUUCUCGCACCUUUGAUCGCUGGAUUAACUGGUGCUACCUUUUUUGCAACCGCUGGAGGAGUUGCUCUCGUCACGAGCUUGUUUGGUUUAACAGGUGGCGGUUUGACAGGCUGGAAGAUGCAUCGACGAAUGAAAGGGUUACAUGAAUUCGAGUUUAAGCAAAUAUUGAAUGACGCUGAUUUACCGCCUAUACCCGCAUUGCAGUGCAAGAUUUGUAUUUCUGGAUUUCUGUUGGAGAGCAAAGAUGAAACCCAGACCCCAUGGGAGGAUGCCUUUCAUGAAUCCAAGACUGUCAACGACAUAUACUGCCUUAAAUAUGAGAAGGACGCAUUAUUCGAUCUUGGCACUGCAUUUAAGCGGUUCAUCACCACUUAUGCUAUACGUUACGCCGGGUUAGAGGUGGCUAAAAAGACGGCUUUGCAUGCCUUUUUCGGUAAUAUCGUUACUCUUGAUCAUGCUUUGACAAUUUAUUUAAUACCUAGUCAAACAGCUGCCGUCAGCUUGCCGGCUACGUUAUUAAAAGUAUCUGACGUUAUUGAUAAUCCCUGGCAAAUCGUGGCUGAUCGGUCGGCAAAGGCGGGAAUCGAAUUACAUCGGCGUGGCUGCCAUGGUAUUGUGGACCACGUGGUUUUGAUGGGUGCACCCAUAUCAGUUGAAGAUCUAUCAGAAUGGCAACAUGCAAUAUCAGUAACCUCGGGACGUUUUGUCAACUGUUAUACCUCCAAAGAUUGGGUUUUAGCUCUUGUAUACCGUAUGCACUCUCUGGCUACGUCAGUAGCAGGACUGAGCCCGGUGCCACUCGAUCGUGUUGAAAAUAUCGAGCUGGAACUGGAAGGACACACCUCUUACCCGACGGCAGUUAAAGACAUCAUCGCUCGUAUCAAUCUUCAGUAA